CUUGAAAAAUGUAGGCUACACUUUUCAAGAUGUGCAAACCGUGAUGUAGUUACUUGAAGUUGUACUUCUACUGAUGUCAAAACUCUUGGCUUCUCAUUUCUUUGGUGAUCGGCUGUGUGAGCAACCUACUAUUAAUAUCCUUUAAUACUGAGAUGAACAAGUUUUAAAUAGCAUUUGAGCUCAUGCUUACGUGACGGUAUUAGUACUAAGUAGUAUAGUAUUACUCGUGUUUUAGCAGUUGCCAUGACAACAAUUAUCCCUCCGGAAACGCGCAGGCGAUUUGAAUUAAAGGGGGGAAUACAUGGCAAAUUUCAGUACGGUCAAGAGAGCUAAUAUUUUAGUCAAACAGUCAUCGUGAAAUAAAAUUGACGAUUUUCUCAGAGAAAGCUUCAGGCCAAAGUGAAGAAUUUUCCAGUCCAGUCUGAUUAAUUAGGCUGGAAUUUUCAAUGAAGCUUGUUUUUAGGCUCCGAUCAUUCGUGUAAUUAAAUCAAAAUUCCAGCCCCCGUAGCGAUGCAUUCAUUGAUCUGUACACCCCCUGAUCUCCGAAUCGACCCGCCCAGUAGGUCACGCAAUGUAAUAUUCAUCCAGACAGACAUACGAGACAUACGAUAACACCUUUGAGAUAAAAUUCUCGAGAAACGCAUUACAAACAAACCACAGAACUUCAAGAAGAUCUUGUGAAUUAUCUAAAAGAGAACGCCACAGUUAAAGUACACGCAAAUGGCAAAGCAAGUUGAACAAAACGAAGUACAAGAAGACAAGGAGUUGAUUGCGGCUGACGAAAAAUUAACGCGGCCUCUUGGCUUAACAGAACGAGUGCUGUUAGAAAGAGAAAGAGUGAAUCACUGGGGGACUGUUUCUUCUGUGUUGCUGUUGGAUUCUGAAGAAGAAAUGAAUCAAGAUCACCUCAGAAAAGCGCUCAAUCUUCUUCCCAAGCGGUUUCCUUUAUUACGGAUGCGAAUCAACGAGAGAGGCAGUGAAGCGUGCUUUGAAGAAAUGGACAGCCCUGAUACAGUUGACUUUGAGGUAUUAGACGGGAUAACAGCUGAUAAAUGGGAGGAAGGCUUCGACGCAGAAAUAAACGGUGCUUUAUUCAACACAGAAACAGGGCCUUUGUGGCGCGUCAGGUUACUACGAGAAAUAUCAGUCGAUGGAAAGUUUCGAAAUGCAUUGGUAUUCACAUUUCUACAUGUUAUCUGCGACGCGCUUUCCAUCUUCGAGCUUCAGAAGAAGGUGCUGGAAUUUUUAUCUUUUCUCCACAGUGGUGAAGAAUUUGAGGUAGGAAGCUUGCCUUUCAGACCAGCUGUGGAAUCACUGAUGUCAAAUCUUAUUGACCCUAGCGUCGGAGAGAGGCUUUUAUUUUCGAGCUACUUUACGCUCCAGCGGGUCAAAACAUUCUUUACCAAACCACAGAAUUUGUAUCUGUCAGUUUAUCCUCCUGUUGCCAAUUCAGAUCCAUCAGUAACGAAGAAAACCUGUCUUCUGAGUCGCAUCCUGUCUGAAGAAGAAACCAGGCUGUUGAUAACGAGCUGUAAAGAAAACAAGUGCACGGUACACGGGGCUAUUACUGCCUCCACGCAUCUCGCGAUAGUGCGAAUUCUUCAACAAAAGAGACACGAUUUGAAAACUCCAGUGUCCGUAGAGUCAGGCUUUACUGUUGGUUUACGAAAAUAUUGCCAACCAAAGGUAAACAACGAUGAGUUUGGAUUGUAUGUCUGCGUCUCUGCAUUAACUGUUCCAGUACCGUUGCUUUACCCUGAUGACAAGCAAGGUUUUUGGGAGUUUGCGCGCGCGUGUUCUCGCGAGGUCCACACGCAGCUGUCUUCAGGGAAACACCUGAACGUUCCGAAAAUGUACCAUUGUAUCGAUAUUCCAGUGUACUGCAGAAUGUUCGACUAUGAAUACAACGAAGGUCGCCGAACCCAGAUAAUGACCAUCACUAACUGCGGAGCCCUCAAAACAGAGCAGAGCGAGGAGAGUCCGUACAAAUUCGGCGGCAUGUAUUUCGGUCUACAAGGUGAGAAAUUGGGCCAUGUAUUUGGAAACAACAUCCUCACUGUAGAUGACAAGCUUUACUGGGCUGUGGAAUAUUUUCCACACGUCACCACUAAAACGCAAACAGAAGAUUUUGUUGACUUGUCCUUGCAAAUUUUGAAAGAGGCUUUUGUGCAGUACGUGUAAAGAAAAGAAACGCGGCUAGCUUUGUGAUCCAUAUACAAACAAUACAUUGUAUGAACCAGCUGGAUUAACUGGACAUUUUAUAGUUUAUAUUUUUAGCUCUUACAGAUAACUCUAAAUCGUUCUUUUCAUAGCAUUGUAACUCGGUUUUAAGUUUGCAUUUUCGAAGUAUUUUACAUUUAUUUCGUUCGUUAGACUUUCUAAAAGUCCUUACCACUUCCCAGGCCUGUUGGUUUCGCCGCUGAAAAGGACGACCUUUCGCGACUUACGAUGUCGCUCGAACAUUGCCAUCUCGCUUCGCUCGAGGGAGAUGACCAAACGAAGGAUUAAGCAAAGGUCGACUUGUGGCAAGUGUAUUCGUACGUAUGAUAGUAUUUUAAGGAAAUAUAAACGUUAGACUACUGGCAGUCUGUGUUUUUUUUUCUCGCGGAAUUCAACAGGGAUUAAAGUGAAACAUCUAAGUCUAAAAGAUUGCGACGAGACAGGGGCGCGGUACGCCCCAAUCCCUACUCGUCCACACCGCCCUUUCGCGUUCGAUGAACAGUUGUUUAAGUGACCCUUGGAGAAAAGACCGGCCGCCAGCAGUCUAUAUAAACGCUAGUGCAUCACGUCACGGUGUCAUCUUGCCGCCAUUAUCAAAUGCAGAUUUUCAAAUCAUAGGGUUCUUAUAUAAAGUAGUUUAGGUGAGAUUCAAGAAGAAUGUCAGCUAAUGAAACAGUUUUGCACGAUCAAGUAUUGUCAGUAUAAAUGGACCUGAAUGACUCGGUUGUCAUGCCGGCCCACAUAAGGCUUCAAUACUUUAAAUUUGGGUCGUCGGCCUAAAUGAGAUCGUCUCUUAAAAUGUAAUAUUGUGAACUUCUUGCCCAAAAAAAUCGUACAAUGUUCGAGUGCGUGAGUGUUGAAAUUAUGAUACUCAAAUUGCAGUUGAGGGCCACUGGUUUAUCACUAGCCUGCGAGCAGGCUCACGUUGGAGCAGAAGCGCGCGCGGCGU